UCUUUAUCUUCUGCCAGAAGCCACAUAGCUGGCUGCAGUUCCUCCUGGCCAGCACCAUGGCUAAGACCCUUAGUGAUCAUUUGCUGAACACCCUGGAGGAGCUCGUGCCCUAUGACUUUGAGAAGUUUAAGUUCAGCCUGCAAAACACCAGCCUGGACAAGGGUCUUUCCAGGAUCCCUCGGGGCCAAGUGAAGAUGGCCAGGCCGGUAAAGCUGGCCAACCUUCUACUCAGCUAUUAUGGGGAAGAGUACGCUGUAAGGCUGACCGUGCAGGUCCUGCGGGCCACCAAUCAGCGCCUUCUAGCAGAGGAGCUUCGCAAGGCCACAGGCCCAGAACAUUUGAGUGAAGAAAAUAGAAUUGAUGGUUUUGUCCAGUUUUCUGGAGAGAAUAAGCCCAAGAGUGUGAAAGGACCAGAUGUCCUGGAAGGUGAUGGAACAAGGCAGAGUGGUGAUGGAAAGGACAGCCUGCCGCCCAGCCAGUCUGAAGUGGGGAAGGGACCCCAGAAGAAGUCUGUGGUGAAAAGGAGGGAACAGAGGGGCUCUGAGAGCCUGGGCUCACAGACCAAGCCAGGGUUUAGGAGCUCAGCACCACUCCACAGGAAAAGCUCCACCACCCAGACCCCAGGGGACAAGGAGAGCAGUGCAAGCGCCCAGCUCCGCAGGAAUGCCAGCUCGGCGGGAAGGCUGCAGGGACUCGGCAGCAACAGCUCAGGGAGGAGAGAGAGCAAGAAAGCUGAAGUGUAUUUGCCUUCAGGAAGGAAGCGACCCAAAAGUCUUGAAAUUGCCACUUAUUCAAGAGAAGGAGAACCCCCAAAUUCAGAAGCCGUGCUGACUCAGGAGGAAACAAGUAAUGGGAGACCACACUCAGCUGUCAUUCCCACGAGCACAGCCGCCCUGAGUGGAAGUGCUCCUGGGGCCCUAGAAAAGGGCGCAGGGAAUCCAGAACAUUCCACGAUCCCUGGUGAAGAAACAUUCAGGAACAUGCCUUUCAAAAUAUCAGUGAUUGGAGAGGAGCAAUGCACUGCAUGCUGGAAGGAAGAUGGAACCGGGAGUCCACGGACUGUGGGGGAGAUGGCUGGCAGCACACCCCAUGACUCCUGCAACCCAGAAGUGUGUUUGUCACACUGUGAAAAACCAGCCCAAACUCCAGAAGGCCCAGCACCCUUAGGACCAACAGCGUGUAGAGGAAGGUCACAGGACAAGGCUGCAUGUCCACUUUGCCACACCCAGGAAGGAGACCUGCGUGGCAGUACCUUGGUGCAAAGUUUCUGUAGCUGCUCCAUCGCUCCUGGGGAUCCCAAGGCCUCGGGCAGAUGCUCCCCCGUGUGCCCCCAGUGCCAGCAUCCACUCGCCAGCAAGAGCUGUGGAGCCCAGAGCCCCCAGCUCCUGCCACAGUGCCCGCGUCACAUGAAGCAGGUGCAGCUGCUCUUCUGUGAGGACCACAGGGAGCCCAUCUGCCUCAUCUGCCGGCUGAGUCAGGAGCAUCAAGGCCAUCGAGUGCGUCCCAUCGAGGAAGCUGCACUGGAGUACAAGGAGCAAAUUCAGCAGCAGCUGGAGCGUCUGAGGGAGCUGAGGGGAAGUGUGGAGGAACACAGACGACAGGGAGACAAGAAGACAGAGAACGCCCUGGGCAGAGGGGUGGCCACGUGUUGUUGCAUCCCGGUGCUGACGGUAGGGAGGUCUAAGAAACAAACAGAAACCCAGACGCAGAGGGCUUCGUGUCAGCUUGAGAAGCUGUACCAGUUCCUGGAGCAGCAAGAGCAACUCUUUGUGACCUGGCUACAAGAGCUAGGCCAGACCAUCAGCAAGGUCCGAGAGACCUGUGACACCCGGGUUUCCCAGGACAUUGCCCUCCUGGAUGAGCUGAUUGGAGAACUGGAGGCCAAGCAAGACCAGCCAGAAUGGAAACUCCUGCAGGACAUUGGAGUCACCUUGCACAGGGCUGAGAGGAUAACUGUCUCUGAGCUGCUGGCUACCCCUGCAGAUGUUAAACAACAGAUCCACCUGCUCUACCAGAAAUCAAAGUCUGUGGAGAAGAACAUGCAGCGUUUCUCAGAAACACUGCGCUGUGAAAUGGAAGCACUCAGUAUUGCAGAGGCAGCACAGUGGGGAGAACACUGCUCUAGCACAACAGAGGCCCAGGGCCUGAUCCUAAAAUGCAAUGCUGGAGACACACAGAAAUACAAUAUAGUUCUUUAUUCACAAGUGGAAGCUGGAGGACCAGAGCCUCAGGAUCACCUUCAGCUUGAGCCCGCUCAAGGCACACCUGAGACCCUUUCUCAUAAAAAAAGAAAACGGAAAUCUUUACUGAACUUGAAAGCUUUAUUUUCCCAGAACUGAUUGGUGCUUAGGAACAUGGAGGUAAGGCAGCUGCUCACGCCAACAUCACCUCCUCCGAUCAUCUGGAGAGGGUGAGACUUGGAAACAAGUUGUGCCUGCUGCCCGACAGUGUCCAAAGAUCCUCAAGUCACAUCACCGUGCUGGAUGCUCCCAGCUUUGACUCCGCUGCCACAGCUGGGAGGCGGAGUGUGGGAACAAGACAGUUCACCAGGAACAUGCAAAGCGCUGGCAAGCCGCAAGGGAGUGGAACCCUGCAGAGAACGGCUACUGGGUGGUAGUGAUGGCCAAGCAACGGGGAUCCACUUCUCCAACCUGUGAGGGAGGGAACCCUCGAGCUGGUGGGCGUCUUCCCGGACUACACAGCCAGCAGCAUUCCCUUCAGCUGGAUCCCACAGCUGCGUGUUCGCCAGCUUCUCUUCCCCCAGGUCCCUUCAACCUGUCUUUAACCUUGGGGCACGUGAUGAAGGGAAGAACAAGGCUCUCUGACCAUCAGUCCAGUCAGUGACCAGAGACCCAUUGGCUGCUCAGCACUGGACCUCCAUUCUGGCCCCUGGUCUUGUAUCGUGCAUUCAUGCGCUCAGAAGCCAUUAACAGGGGGUCAGCUGACAUAGGGGAUGUAAUGACUGACUAAUAAAAUAACAUCAGGCUGUGGUGGUGUAUGCCUGGGAGGCUGAGGCAGGGUGCCACCUGUGAGGACCACGGUUUGUGUCUAGCCUGGUGGACUUCAGUCACUCUGACUGUGGUCCAGCCUCCACACAAACAAACAAAGUAAUACUAGCACCUGUCUUAGUUACAACUCUGAUUGCUGUAAUAAAAGCAACUUGGGGAGGAUGCAUUCAUUCUGACUUGUAGUUCAAGGGUCUGCAUCGUGGCAAAGCAGCCACAAUGGCAGACGGUCAUGUGUGCAUCAACCAUCAAGAGGCAGAGAGGGAGGAACUUCCAAAGCCCAUCUUUCCUCUGUUAUGCAGUUCAGGACUCGAACCCAGGGAAUGCUGCCACCUACACUUACCAGGUGGCUCUUCCGGCCUUGGCUAACCUACUCAAGACACUCUCACAGACACGCCCAGGGGCCUGUCCCACGGGUGACUCUGAAUCUUGCCCAGUUGGCAACAUUAGCCAUCACAGUCCCCGCGAAGCAUCCGAAUCCCAACAGAGGUACUGGAAGUCUGGCAAUGCCAUCAGAAGAGGAAGUGCAUGGCUAUUGCGUAAUCUGCAUGAAUCAGAACUCUCAGAUGUUCCUGAGACGGAAGCCGCCACUUCAUUUUCCCUUCCCAGGCCACGAAAAUGUCCAUCAUUCUGUCUGCCCUGGUCUUGAGGACACAUAAAACCUACAGAAAAUAAAUAGAAGCAGGUUCCAAGAGGGGCACUCUCUCCCCAUCUCUUUUGUCCUCGCUCUUAAUGAAGCACCGCUCUGGUUUGAAAGGCACCACCACACUUAGCUCUCCAUAUCAUGUAUUGUAUCUCCACUGCUCUCCCUCUUGUUUGGAGGCCCAAUUGUGGCCUUGAGACCCUUAUAUGCUAAUAAAUCUGACACCUGAAGAGAAUCAUGUAUCAGCUUCCUUUCAGGCAGACCCUGCCAUUCUUAUCAUUAAAAAUACUGUUUUGUAAAUCGCUUUUUAAUUUAUUCUAUUUAUUGCUUGUGUUGUAUAUUACCAUAUUAACAUAUAAUGAUUCAACCAUAGCUAUGAAGACAGGCUGCGUGUAUAUGUAUUUUACUGGGUAACUAUUACAUUUGUGUGUGUGGCUUUCUGUGUAUACAGUUGUACAUGUAUGUGUGUGUUACAUGUGGAGAGCAGAGAUCAGCCUCAGGGAAUUCCUCAUAUGCUGUCUUUGUUUGUUUGUUUUGGUUUUUUGCACAGGGUCCUUCACUGGCCUGAGACUGGCUAAGGAGACUAGGAAGGCUGGCCUGCGAGCUCCAGGGAGUCCUCCUAUCUGUACCUCCCCAGCUCUGGGAUUAUGCCUGGCUUUCACACACGCAUGCGUGCACGCACACACACACACUCACAUUUUCUCCUGCCCACUCAUUUUUGUAUGCUAACUUUUAUGUGUAAGCAGAUACCUUCCAAAAAAUUUUGCAGCCACAGUUUUCAUACUCUAUUUUAAAUGAGUUGACUAUUAUUAGUGUUGACAUGCUUAAAAAUAAUAAUAAUAAUAAAAAAAACUUGCCUAACCUCUA